AUGGAACCAGCCAGAAUGCUGAUUGAGAGGCCAAUCCCUCGUUUGAAGCAAUCUCGCGGUACAACAAACGUGUCUUUGUCAGGCGAGGACAUUUCAGCGCGGUUCCUUCAUGAAUGGUUAGACUUUCCUCAACAGGUUUUGACCUUGUGCAACUCUCUGAAUCUAGAUGAAAAGGUAUCCGUGACAGAUGACUCGGACGCAAACGAGCACUUCCUGGUGGGAAGCAAGCUGGGACUGGCUGGCAGAUUCUAUAAACACAUGUGCGACGCAGUGGCCAAAGUCCUCUCAGUCACAGAGCUAGCUCACUUGACCUUUGGGGAUUUUCAGGCCACUGCGCGCACAGAUUCUCGUGAUGUACCGGACAUUGUCCUGCUUACUCUGCCGAGAUCGAACGUCCUGGCCGUCGGCGUGCUCAAAACAUUUUGGACGGUCGAGCUCGAAAAGUACCCCGUCAAUGAAGGCGCCGCGAACAUCGCCAUAAUGCAGCCACAUUUCGGGCAAUUAGUCUCAUACAUGCGCACGAACCGGUUAAAAUACGGCUUUCUUUCGACAUAUCGGACCACGGUGUUUGUUCGUCGAGCAGGUGAUUUCCGCUUCGAGUUAUCCCUCCCAAUAGAUGAACAGGCAACCAGACCAUCCGUUCGCCAGUGCUUCCUUGCCUUUUGCGUUCUCGCGGCCCAAGACGAUAGAUAUACCGAGGCUCGCGAUUUCAAUCAUACUCGCCUGAAAAUACCUUUUGAGCCAUUCGUUCAGGCACGGUCGCCCUUUCGAAACGAAGUGACGACGAAGAAUGAUACGCCACAAGCACUGGGGGCGCAGUCGAUCCUCUUCGGAGGUGACGAUGGCGUGGCCCAGCAAUGGGUCAAUUGUCAUCGAAUGAUCAAAGAGUCCAAUAAUAAAGCCUUGUACGAGGUGACUUGGAAUGGCGAGCCUGCCGUGGCCAAAUGCUGGUCCGAUGCCUGUUUUCAAGGUUACGUUCAUGAAGCCAGUACCUACGAGAGGCUUUACCAGUUAAAGCCGGAAGGCUUUGAAUUCUUCGCUUCUCUCCAGAGUCGAGGGACGAUAGUCUGCUCGUCCGUCUUCUCUCGAGGCCACAUCAUGAUUAUAUCGAAGGUCAAGGGCGAGCCCCUGGACAGACAAUGGGACAUUCUCUCGGCAGACCACAAGGAGCACAUACGCUCCAUGAUCCGCAAGGCAGUUGAAGCGCUCAGAAGCAUUGGGUAUCUGGCCGUGGAUUCUGGAAAGCACAAUGUGCUGUACUCGGCAGAAACGCGGGCUGUUACCAUGCUCGACUUCGAGCUCAUGCAGGCCUGCGACGAAAACACCGUGAGUCCAGACAGUCCGGAGAUGUACGCAAUCUUUGGACAUCCGGCACCCUCUGUCUAUCGGUGCGCUCGGGGCGACUGA